AUGGGUGGCUUUGAAGCUCUCUUUCGAAGAAACCAGUUCAUCCUCCUACUGCUUCUUCUUUCGCACAUUCAGCAUCUGGGCCUGGCCAUCGACAGUCACUCUACUGCUGAUGUCUGUGCUACACACACCAUUUCACCAGGAGCCAAAGGAGACGGUGGUGAAAAAGGAGACCUUGGAGAGGAGGGGAAACAUGGCAAGGUGGGACGUGUGGGACCGAAAGGGAUUAAAGGAGAACUGGGUGAUGCAGGAGACCAAGGCAAUCUUGGUAAGACUGGACCAAUUGGCAGGAAGGGGGACAAAGGGGAAAGGGGCUUGUCUGGCAUCGCUGGAGGAAAGGGCAAAGCAGGCACCGUCUGUGACUGUGGAAGAUACCGGAAAGUUGUUGGACAGCUCGACAUUAGUGUGGCUAGACUAAAGACGUCCAUGAAGUUCGUCAAGAAUGUCAUAGCAGGGAUUAGGGAAACAGAAGAGAAAUUCUAUUACAUCGUGCAGGAGGAGAAGAACUACAGGGAAUCUCUGACCCACUGCCGGAUCCGGGGUGGGAUGCUGGCCAUGCCAAAGGAUGAAGCUGCCAACACGCUCAUCGCUGACUAUGUGGCCAAGAGUGGCUUCUUCCGGGUGUUCAUCGGGGUCAAUGACCUGGAGAGAGAGGGGCAGUAUGUGUUCACAGACCACACUCCACUGCAGAACUACAGCAACUGGAAGGAGGGGGAGCCCAGUGACCCCUAUGGCCAUGAGGACUGUGUGGAAAUGCUGAGCUCAGGCAGGUGGAAUGACACCGAGUGUCAUCUGACCAUGUACUUUGUCUGUGAGUUUGUCAAGAAGAAAAAUUAGCUCACCGCCCUCAUGCUCCAUAUUCUAUUAUUGCCCCAUCACUAUCAUUACAGGAAUGGGCUCAAACCAAAAGUGACGAUGAGGAUGGGCAACACUUCGUUCUGUUGUACUAAGCCGGCCCAAUGGCACUCAUGACAACAGCAAUAAUCAUUGUAACGUUGGGGUUUUUUCCCUCCUCUCUCGCCAUUCAUUUCUAAUGACACUAAAUUCUUUCUGAUGCGUGACAAGCGAGAAAUGCUAAAUUGUGACUAGGAAUCUCCAUCAUCGUGUUCUUCCGUGACAACUUUGAGUCAGUAGGCUGCCAGGUGCCAUGGAAGGAGAGUGGAAAGACCAGUGGGAGAAGGCAAUUGCCUGGAUGAAUGUGAGAAAUUGAAGGGAGAAUAAUAUUUGUUUUCCUACUAAAUCGCACCUUAACCCCAACAUUCUCAUAGCUCUAUUUUAUCUUUGUCUUCAUUUCACUGAUAUGAACUUUCCUCUCUCUAUAUUUGGAGGUAUAUAAGAAGAGUAUAGGAGGGGUAUAGAAAAGGUAUAGGAAGAGUAUAGGGGGUAUAGGAAGGGUUUAGGUAGGGUAGAGGAGUGUUAUAGGAAGAGUAGAGGAAUGGUAUGGGAGGGAUACAGGAAGCCUUCAUAAGUUCUAGAAACUGGUCAGUGUCACUAAUUAACAAGUCUCCAUGUAUUCUGUUCUUAACUCUACCUUCUCUCACAGUGUGACAUUUCACAGAAGACAAUUUUCCUUUCAUAAAUUUAUGCUAAAAAAACCCAACACACAUACUGAAUGUUCUUUCCAUUCUUUUGCCACCUCAAGAGGACAACGUCAGACUUUUAGUUUGGAACAUGCCUGGAAGUCAGAUUUCUUAAGAUAGAAAAUUAUACCUCAGACUGCAGAUCAAACAUAAAUGUAACUUUUACUUGGAAUUUAAAAAUAGUUCAAGAAACACUAGGUUAUCCCUUUAUAUAUUGUAGCUCCAGUUGUGGCCCAUGGCAUAUGAUCUGACUGAUUAAUAUGCUGACAGAAUAGCUGAUAAAAGAGAAGAAACGGAGCAACCCCUCGGUUCAUCUUAAACCACCCCUCCAUGAUCUUACCUAGAGCAAACUGGUUAGCAAAUUGAAUUGUUAAUUAGAUGAGUUCCGUGACGCCAAUAAGGUUCACACACUUGCAUCCUUAAGGGCCCACAAGGGGAGCAUAGGUCAAUCAGUGGUGCAAGCAGGGAUUCUGGUGCCCUGGACACAGAGUCCUCCUCUGGAGUUGCCACUUGUUCCUGUUUGUUACCAUUUCACUACGCUUCGUGAUGUGUACAAAAUGUCCAAAGCUAGAAUUUUAUAUCUUCAUCUUUCAAACUGUUGGCAACCGAUCAACUUCUAAUACCUAUUUUAUGCCCCACAAAACUGUCCACAAGCCUAAGCCAUCAUGUCUUCGGUUCUCACCUCUGGGGGGAAAUCCUGACCGUUCUGAACAUAGCAAGUGUCAUUUUGUAUGCACAGCACUCAAGAUGUCCCUGCAGCACCUCGUUCAGUUCAGCCCAGUUACCGGAAUGGGUUCUGCAUUUACCCUCCAUCCAGUUCCUAAGCCUUGUUGUGUGCCACUUGUUGAUUCCAAUGCAGACAGACCCCACAUAACUUCCUGAUAGGGUCGUGUUGGUAGCAAUCGUUAUAGAAGUGGACCACCAGGUCUUUCUCCCACAUAGCUGCUAGGUCAGUUUGAACUGCCUUCCUUUUGGCUAACAGCCAAGUGCUUCACCACGGUGCCAAGAGGGUUGCAAGGAGGGCCAGGCACCUACAAUUUGAUAGACAUGGCAGUGGAUAAAUUCCAGAGUAGGACACUCUAUCACAGGCAGAAUCUGCAGCUAGAAUGCCAACCAAUAACGUAAACAGGA